AUGGGCCUGCUGAUAACAGAGGAGAAGGCACUAGAUGAAAAACUACAAACACAUACAAAUGUGCUUGGAGUGACAUAUUCAAAAGAACUAUCCAUCAUGAGCUGGGUGUUAUCACCCACCAAGUAUAAAGUAAGACAUGCACAGCAGCAGUCUAUUAUCAAGUAGUAGUGGUAUAUACACAAUCAGGCCUGAGCAGGUCCUGAAGGCACAAGCAAGUUACAUGAAGUUGCUCAAAUGCCUGUGAUUUCUACUCCUGUCACAAUGCCAUCUACUGCCAAGCAUGCAUGUAUAGCCUCAUGGGGUGUUCCCUAUGAUGAUUUGACUGAAGAAGAGAAAUCUAGAACCUGGUUUACUGACUGCUCUGCAUGCUAUGCCGGCACCACCCAGAAAUGGACAGCUGCAGCAUUACGACCCCUUUUUGGGACAACCCUAAAAGAUACAGAUGAGGGACAGGACUUCAGGCGCAUAGUAUUACAGUUUGUUUGGAAGAAAAAAUGGACAGAUAUAUGAUUGCUCACUGACUCAUGGGCUGUAGCAAAAAUUGGCGGAUGGUCAAGGACUUUGAAAGGUCAGGGACAUGGAAAAAUCACUAUUAGAAAAUUGAUAAGACAUUGCGGAAGAAGUAUGUGCAUAGAUCUCUCCAAGUUGGCAGAGGAUGUGAAGAUAUUUGUGUCCCAUGUAAAUGCUCACCAAAAGGGGACUCCAGCUGAGGAGGAGUUCAAUCAUCAAGUAGAUAAGAUGACCCAUUCUGUGGACAGUCAGCCUCUUUCCCUAGCCAUUCCUUUCAUAGCUCAAUGGGCACAUGAACAAAGUGGCCAUGGUGGCAGAGAUGCUGGGACUCAACAACAUGAACUUCCACUCACCAAGACUGACCUAUCUAUAGCUACUGCUGAGUGCCAGAUCUGCCAACAGCAGAGAACAACAAUGAGCCCCAAAUGUGGCACCAUUCCUCGAGCUGAACAGCUAACAACCUGGUGGCAGGUUGACUACACUGGACCAUUUCCUCCAUGGAAAGGACAAAGUUUUGUUCUUACUGGAGUAGAUUAUUCUGGUUAUGGACUUGCCUUUCCUGCAUGUAAUGUUUCUGCCAAAACCACCAUCUGUGGACUUAUGGAAUGUCUUAUACAUCGUCAUGUUAUUCCACACAAUACUGCUUCUGACCAAGGAACUCAUUUCACAACCAGAGUGUGACAGUGGGCCCACGAUCAUGGAAUCCAUUGGUCUUACCUUGUUCUCCACCAUCCUGAAGCAACUGGUCUGAUAGAAUGAUGGAAUGGCCUUAUGAAGACAGAGUUAAAGCGCCAAUUAGGUGGCAGCAGCAUGGAGGGCUGGGACAGAAUUCUUCAGAAGGCAGUAUAUGCUUUGAAUCAGCAUCACAUGUAUGGUACAGUUUCUCCUGUAACCAGGAUCCAUGGGUCCAGGAAUCAAGGGGUGGAAAAUGUAAUAGUUUCACUCACUGUCAUUCUUCAUGACCCUCUAGGAAAAUGUUUGUUUCUUGUUCCCACAAUCCUAGGUUCUGGACUAGAAGUUUUAUUUCCAGAGUGGGGAGUGCUUCUGCCAACAAACAUUCAAUUAAUCUGGAAGCUCAGACUUCCCCCUGAUAAUUUUGGCUUUCUAAUGCCCUUAAAACAACAUGCUAAGAAAGGAUUAACAGUUUUAGGAGGGGAGAUAGAUCCAGAUUACCAUGGAGAAAUUGGAUUGCCUCUCCACAAUGGAGGUAAGAAAGAUUAUGUCUGGAGUGUAAACUUAGUACUACCAUGUCCUGGGAUAAAAGUCAGUGGAAAACUGCAACAGCCUAAUCCAAGCAGGAUGACAAAAGAUGCAGACUCAUCAGGAAUGAAGGUAUGGGUCACUUUUCCAGGAAAAGAGCCAAGACCUGCUAAGGUGCUUGCAGAGAGUGAAGGAAAUGCAGAAUGGGAAAACAUUUGUAUAGAUAUUUGUGGUUUCUUCCAAUUUCUUUAA